UCUUCUUCUUCUUCUUUUUUCUUCGAUUUGAUUUCAUUCGAUUCGAUUCGAUUCGAUUCGAUUCGAUUUUCGUGCCAAGUGCGAAGUGAUUCUCAUAAUCUAGAAAAAGAUUGAGAGAAAGGAGUUCGCUCGAAUCUAACUUCGGAAAUCUGAAAAUAAAUCGUGUCGAAGACCCCGGAAAAGGAAAACAAAUAGACGUACGUGGACAAGUGUGAUGAGUUAUAUAGGAUGGACCGGUAUCGGAGAAGGAGCAUCGAUUGGAUGAAAAGUGAUAAAAUUACUCGUUAAGGUGGAGAAAAUGAAGAGACAGACCAUUUCGAGAAUCACGCGGGUACAUCGCUCGAUUCUGUACAAUAGUUGCCAAUUUCUCUCCAUGUUUUUUCUUGUGACAUGUCGCGUACGUGUACUAAUUACGAGUGCAUGUAUGACGCUCAAAUAUACUACAUAUAUGCGUACGUGUAAAAGUUUGUGAAUGAGAAGUUGUAGAACUUGACCUUGGGAGAACGUUACAAGGGAAAGAAGGAGAGCGUUUCACAUUUACCGAGGAUAUAAUUAUCUAGGAUAACGAUCUAUCGUACGACGCUCCAAUUUAAAGGGGAAUUGGGACAAAUGGAAGGGACAUGGAUUCGUUAACGAAAAGACAAUCCAUGAUAGAUGGAAAUCAAUUCAAUUAUAACAUCUCUGACUCAGAGACGACCCUACAACAAGAUCGGCGAUAAGAGGGUUACGUCGCGUCCAUUAAAGGAAUUCGAUUGUUACCAACUCAGCACUAUUCAAUUCUGAAAACAACCUACGCACGAGAAAGAGGGAGAGAGAAAGCUAAAGAAACUGCAAACCUUGAGGAACGCGAUCUACUUAACGAGUUUUCGUAAACAGUUCACAAAACUAAAACGCCCAAAUGUUUUAACGUUCUUUCUAAGGAGCAAGGAUCCUCUUGAAAAACUAAUCGAAGUUUCAAAACAACAAGAUAAACCGUAGCUAAUGCAUUCGCGAAGGAGGAUCAAGUCUCCUUUCUUUUGGAGAGAUAACAGUGAACUUCUGACGUUUGACUUAAGAAAGUGCAUCCGUUUCGAUCACACAAAACUUCGAGAUUAUCAUCGCUUUACUUAAGAAUGAUAAUUUCAUUUUUUUUUCAUUUUUUUUGGGGGGGGAGUAAUUAACGCGAGUAAUCGUGUCAAGGAUACGUCGAAGAACAUCUCUCGAACGAUCUUCGUCUUUUACAAAGAAUAAAAAAUUAAUAUCAAAUCAACGUCUUGAUAUUUUCUUUCGUUUCAAAUUGAGAACGUAUCUUCCGAAUGAAACCAUGAUUGAUUGAUCUUACUUUUUGGAAUAUCGAAAAGAAUCAGAACAAAAAUUGGAAAAAGAAAAGAAACUAGGGAAAAGGGGGAACUAUCGCCAUGAAGGAUUUGAGAAGAGCAGAAUGGUGACGUAAUAUAGAUACGAUGACAAGGAUCGUUAAAAGAAAUAGCGGUCAAAGAAAAAGAAGAAAAGGAAGCUGAAGUAGGAAGUGAAUGAGUAUAUAAGAAGAAAAAUAAGAGAGAAAGAAAAUAGGAAAACGUAAAAAAGAAAUCGAUAAGAAAAUGAUGGAAACAACUACGGUUUAUUAUAAUCGUUCCUAUCUUCAAAAUGACACGGACGACAAUGUUCCUAUGGAAUGUUAUCGAAAAAUCAAUGCUACUAGUCUCUUUGAUUUUAUCGUAUACGGCGUACUCAUCAAUUUCGUAGGUCUCUUUGGUAUUUUAGGAAACACUAUCUCGAUGAUUGUACUUUCGAGACCACAAAUGAAAUCUUCUAUCAAUUAUCUCCUCAUUGGAUUAGCAAGUUGCGACACUCUUCUUAUCAUAAUCUCGAUACUUAUUUUUGGAUUACCAUCGAUUUACGUUUACACCGGCUAUCUUUUUAAUUACCAAUUCAUCGUUUAUCCCAAGAUAGUCAAAUAUUUAUAUCCAAUAUCGUGUGCAGCGCAAAUAGCGACGGUCUAUUUAACGUUAACCGUAACAAUAGAACGAUACAUUGCCGUUUGUCAUCCACUCAAAGCAAGAUCAUUCUGCACAUGUGGACGUGCACGUUUGGCAUUUCUCAGCAUCGUAACUUUCGCAACGAUCUAUAAUAUUCCAAAAUUUUUGGAAAUAGAAAGCUACACCGAGAAGCAUUGGAAAUACAACAUUGUGAUAUAUUGUUUACGUCCAGCACCUUUAAGAGACAACGAUAUUUACGUAACCGUAUACGUCCACUGGAUGUAUUUUUUCGUGUGUUACUCCAUUCCUCUAUUCGCUUUAAUCAUUUUCAACGUGGCUAUUUAUCGACGGGUCAGGAAAGCGAACAGAGAUUUGCAACAACUGACGCAUCAUCAAAGACGAGAAAUUGGAUUGGCAACGAUGUUACUUUGUGUCGUAAUCGUCUUCGUUAUAUGCAACAUUCUACCCCUUACCUCAAAUAUAUUCGAGAGUUUUAUCGACGAUCCACCCCGGUGGUUAGUUCAACUCGGUAACCUGUUGGUGACUAUAAAUAGCAGCAUCAAUUUUAUAAUAUACGUGAUCUUCGGAAGAAAAUUCAAACGCAUAUUUAUGAAACUUUUUUGUGGUUCGGGCUUUUUCGGUCGUGAUAGAGAUAGUCCCGAAUUUCAAACUCACGAUGAGUCAAGUGUAACAAACGUGUCGAACAUGACGAAUAUAGAAUUAAGAAAUUCUAUUAGACAAAAUCAUCUUUAUAGGACAAAUACCAUUGGUAGAAACAAUAAUGUUCAUAUUACAAAUGGUGGGACUAGGCAAAGCAUUAGAUUAUCGAAUAGACCAAACAGUCCAGGUACUCUCGUUUAUUAUCCCGCUUGUAGUUCAAUAAGAAAUGUAAACAAAGUCACUAAAAUUUCUUCCGAUCAAAAUGGCUGGAAUAAAAAUAAUAAUAACGAUUCUCUUAUGUAGCUAGUUUUCGAAUUAUCAUAGAAUUCUAUUCGAACUAUGCUAGGUGUAAGUCGAAAUAUUAUUACGUUCAUAAAAUCUCACUUUUAUCGUUAGUGUAUAACAUAGAUAUACUUAAUAAAAAAAGGGCAGUCAAUUUCAAUAAAAAAAUAAUUAAAAGAACAAUCAUUAUCAUUGAGAUUAUGUCAUCGUACGAUUAGAUUUAAACGCAACUUAUUUUUGUAAUCUAAUCUUUUCUAAAUCUUAUUAUUACCCAAAUAAUUAAAAAAAAAAAAAAAAAGAAAUCUUACCUCAUUAUUGUUGAACAGCUACUGAAUGGUUUACGUUGCCUUGUGUUAAUGCAUUUGUUGAAGUAGAUAUACGUCUUCAAGUACGAUGUGCUGCCUUGUAUAAAUUUUAUGCACUAAAAAUAUUUCAUAUCGAUAAAAACAUAACUCUUUAGUCAUAAUCUUAAAUACAGAUUUUUAUGAAUUUCACCGAUAAUAAAAGCAGUAUUAUUUAUAUUUAUUCAUCAUUUAACUCAUUGGAAAUAUCAUUACAUAAUAUAAAGCUAUUAAUUUUAUGUAAAAAUUUCAUAGAUAAAAAUCUAUUUAUUCAUACUUUCAAGAAUGUUCAUAUCUUACUACGGUUAUCAUUUUUUUAAUGUUGUAAAUAUUACAUUUAAAUGAUCGCGUAUUUUUAAGAUAAUGAAAACCGAGACUGUAUGUUAGAGAAAUAGCUAGUAAUACGGAUAUUUUUAAAUAAGUGCUAUAUGUAAAUAUAGCGAUUAUAUAUAUACGAUAAAAAAUUACAUAUAUAUAUAAGUAUAUAUUCCAUGUAUAUUUAUAAAUUACACACGACGUUGCUAGAAAGUGUUCCAAAAGUAGAGAAUAUUUGUACAAAGAUCUAUAAUAUCUACAACGUCUAUAACUAUUUAAAUGAAAAGACUAUUACAAAGAAUAUUGUAAAUAUAAAUAUAAAUAUAUACACAUUUAUAUAUAUAUAUAUAUAUAUAUAUAUAUAUAUAUAUAUAUAUAAAACAUUAAAUGAAAUAUUGAUUAAACUCUAUUUGCGAUUCGCAACGAAUUUUAGAAUAAUAUUUUCAAUGGUACAUCUACAUAAUAUCUAAUAAUAUAUAACAUUAAAAAAUGAUAAAUUUUAUUUGUGAACAAAAAAUUAAAUCUAAUUCAUUAAUAAAAGUCAAAGAAAUGUAUAUAUACAUAUAAUUAUAUGUUUAUCUAACGUCACGAGUUCCUGCAAAACGAAAAUUUCAACCAUUAAAUUAUUCUAAUAUUUUGUUAGUACAAUUAAAUUCUUUAAAUCUAAUUAGAUUCUCAAUUAUGCUAGAAAUGAUGAUAAUUGUCAAUAUUUGAAAUCUAUCUUAUCACUCGUAAUUAUAUUAUUCGACAUAAUCUGAAAGAAAAGCCACAUAAUCUAUUUAAAUAUUUCGUCCUCCAAUUUUUAAGAUAUCACUUAAAAUUAGAAUUAAGUGGAGGGAAAAAAUGCGCUCUUGUAAUUAUAUAAUAAAAUUAUGUAACAUGCUGAUAUAUUAAAUUCUAGUCAUAUAAAA